GAGCGGUGAAUCAAAAACUCAAUUUUAACUUGAUAAUUUGUUAUAUAAGAGGUCAUCAUACUUAAAUGAACAUCCUGCAAGUUUCAGAACUGAAAACGUCCGUGUUACUGAAAUAUAACCGUUUUUGGCACCAAGCCAGCCAAACACGCCAGUGAGGAAUUCGGAAAUCAAUGACGUCAAAGUAGAAUUGAAACACCUCCCCAUAACCAAAAGGACACGUCUACUUUUGUAGCCCCGCCCACAGCUUCGCUUGUACGGAAGUAACACACGAGACGAAUCACCACCAGACCUUACACAGCGUCUACUCUGAAAACAUGCCUUUAAAAAUCGCCAAAGUUUGUGCCGUACCUGGCUGUGGGAGAACACAGUCGCUGCAUAGCCUUCCUUCGGAGCCUAACAUUCGAAAAGAGUGGUUAAAGUUCGUUUAUAACGAAGUUCCAGCUCGCGUGGGGAAGAGUUUUAGUGUUUGUUCACUGCAUUUCUCGCCUGAAUCCUUUGUAAACAAGACACAGGUCGACUCUGGAUUUGCAACGAGACUGAGAUUGAUAAACAAUGCUGUUCCAACUAUAUUGGAUCCUACAGAAACAGCGCAUCAAUCUAAUGUCCCAACAAAGCAGGAUGUAGCUUGUCAAACAGACACACCGAAAUGCACAUCUCACUCAACACAGCUGUCGUUUGGAACAUUGGGUCCUAAAUUCAGAAGCAAAGGAACACAAACCGAGGCUGCAGUCAAAAGUGUUGGUGUUUCAACCACUACAUCUGCUGAAACUUUCCAACCUUUUGUUUUGCCACAUUUCACCUCAACACCAUUGAAGGAUUUAAGGCCAACAAAAAGAGCGCGCCUUGAACUGGAAGGGGAGGAAACUGAUUCAUUUGAGGUCACUGAUCAGCAUGACACAACAUACGAGCCUGCAGAGUCGGUCACCACUGUCACAGAGUCAUCACAACUUCAAUGUACAUCAACGCAGGAGGAUGCAAAAUACAUUGUAUUUGAAAACUGCCUCCUGCAACUCUUUGAUACCUGCCCAGUGUGCUUGAGGCGCUGUAAUGUUUGGCCACGAAGAAAAGGGACUUUUGUUGCAAUAGAUCAGCUAUGUCCACACUGUCAAUACUUCCGUCAAUGGAAAAGCCAACCUGUUGUUGGGAGCACACCUUUGGGCAACCUCCAGUUAUCUGCUGCAAUAUAUUUCACAGGUGGAUCGUUCUUCCAAUUACAAAAGAUAUUCCAAACAAUGCGUGUCAGGAGCAUUACCCACAGAACCUUCCGGAAGCAUGCCAGUAUGUAUCUUGAACCAGCAAUAAUCUACACAUGGAAGAAGGAACAAGAAGAAGUGUUGCAGGAGCUAAGCCAGGGUGACAAAGUUAUUGUGGGUGGUGACAUGAGAGCAGACUCACCAGGCCAUUCAGCAAAGUACGGCAGCUACACUGUUAUGGACCUAAAGAACAAUAUCAUAUUGGAUAUGCAGCUGGUCCAAAGCAAUGAGGUUGGUGGUAGCUACCACAUGGAAAAGGAGGGACUGAAAAGAAGUCUGGAAUUUCUGGAGGCACGUGGUGUGAAGAUUGACUGUAUUGUUACCGAUCGUCAUACACAGAUCCAGAAAUUCUUGAGGGACCGUAAAGUGACGCAGUUCUAUGACGUCUUGCACCUGGAAAAAGGUUUGUCAAAAAAGUUGGAAGUAAUCGCCAAAGACAAAGACUGUCAAGUGGUGAAAAAGUGGCAGCGGAGCAUAAGAAAUCAUGUCUAUUGGACAGCAGCUUCUUCCAAAACAGCUGAGGAGAGAGUAGCGAAAUGGUUAUCUAUGGUUAACCACAUUCAAGAUGUUCACGUCCAUGACACCCCAGCCUUCCCACGGUGUGAACAUGCAACACAUGUAUCAAAGGACCCCACCAAGUGGUUUCAACCAGCAACUAAGGCACUGUACACCGUCGAGAAGCUUCUCACAAACAAGAGAAUGCUGAAAGAUGUUGAGAAACUCAGCCCUCACUUUCAAACUUCGUCUUUGGAAGCUUUUCACAGCGUAAUUUUACGCUUUGCUCCCAAAAACGUUGUUUACCCUUACAUUGGAAUGUUAUGCAGACUGUACCUGGCAUGUAUGCAUUUCAAUGAGAACUCCAACCGUCCUCAGGCUAAAACAAAAACGGGAAAGCCAGUGUAUAGGCUUUUGUUUCCCAAAGCCAAAAAGGGGGAAUACUCCACACGUCCAUUAAAGACACAGGCAACAUAUUGCUAUGUCUACAGAUUGAUGGACUUCCUGUUUGAAAAGGUGAUCCUUGAUCCUGUUCCCUACAUGGAGGAGAUUCACAAAAUCAAGGUCCCAGAAACACUCUCAUCCCAGUAUGAGAGACCCUCCAUGGAAGAAGCCAUCUCGAGACAUAAAUCGCGGUUCAGUCAAGGGGAGGCCUAAAUCCAACGUAACUGCCUGCCGCGUCAGGAAACUCUUGCCGUAUACGUUGGACGACGCAAGAUGGGAUAACAACUCUGUUACUCCUGCCCAAAUAGCCCCAGCACCAGCUCACAAAACUUCUGUAUGCCAAGUGCCUGUAACGCCUACAGUAAAAGAUAUAAACAAAGUCAGAGGCAUUGCAUUAUUUUAAGCUAUUGUUGUAAUUUACAGAGUUUUUAUAUUUUGUUAAUUUAUAAUAAAACUUUUAAAACAUUGCUGCUUUUUUAAUAUAUUUUUAAGACAAUAAAGUGUGUUUACUUUUA